GAAGUAAAAUAGGGAAAGGGCGGGCGAGCGAGAGAGAGAGAGAUAGAGGGAUAGAGCUGGGAUCCAUAUGGAGAAUAGAAGCAAGGUUUGUGUCACAGGAGCUUCAAGCUUCAUAGGGUCUUGGCUUGUCCAGAAGCUCCUAAGGAAAGGCCAUGUCGUUCAUGCUACUCUAAGGAACUUGGAAGAAAAGUGGAAGACACAGCUCUUGAAGAGCCUCCCUGGAGCGGACACCAGGCUGCAUCUCUUUGAGGCUGAACUUUACCAUCCCCUCACGUUCGAGGCAGCCAUCCAAGGGUGCGAGUUCGUCUUCCUCGUUGCCACUCCCAUGCAGCAUAAUACCAACAACUCUCAGUACGAAGAUACAACACAAGCUUCAGUAGCUGCAGUCCGGAGCAUCCUGCAGUCAUGUGAACGAUCUGGGACUGUGAAGCGAGUCAUCUACACAGGUUCUGUCACAGCUGCAUCACCAUUGAAGGGAGACGGAACCGGUUUCCAAGAUUUCAUUGAUGAAUCCUGCUGGACGCCACUCCAUCUCUCAUUUGCUUGGUGUGAAGAUUUUGAGAAGUCAUACGUAUGUUCGAAGACGGAGUCGGAGAAAGCAGCACUGAGCUAUAACUUUAAAGAAGGGAAGAAAGAAUUCGAGGUGGUAAGCCUAGCCUGCGGCCUAGUUGGAGGGGAUACGCUUCUUCCCUCCAUAUCGUUGAGCGUACGAUGUAUGAUAUCGCCACUAACCGGCGAAAAGGCGAGUCACAGACAGCUCCAGUUCCUACAGGCAUUGCUGGGCUCGGUACCCUUGGUGCACAUUGAGGACGUUUGUGAAGCCCAUGCUUUCUGCAUGGAGAAGCCUUCAAUGGCCGGUAGGUUCCUCUUGGCAAGCGCAUACCCGACGAUGCAAGAGCUUGUGGACUACUACACGAAAAGUUACCCUCAGCUCAGAGUGAUCAAAGAGGUGGAGGGAGAUGGGCAUGGUAUUGGGUGUAGAUCUACAAGGAUGGCUGAUAUGGGGUUCCGGUAUCGGUAUAAUGCUCAGCAGACACUCCACGAGAGUGUUGAAUCUGCCAAGAGAUUGGGACACCUUGAAAACUACCGUAGUCCCUGCCAAGAAAAAAAAAGGAACUAGUCUCGUAUAUGGUGGUUAUUAUCUAUCAACAUAAUCAUGCGCCUUCACAAAAAAUGAACCGUUCAGAGUAGUACUAUUUGGUCUAUCCAAUUAUGAUCUAUGGUGUAUAAUGAUAGCACAAAUAUUGAGGAGAUGACUGCUUGUGGGCUUAAGUAUUAAUCUUAAUCAUAUAAUUGACUGCUAGUUGUUUCAGGUGGUCUCAGCAGUCUAAA